GGUGAAACGUCAGGAGAGAAUACUUCUGGAACACGGCCAGACAGCCCGGAACAACACACAACCCCGCAGGAGUGUUCACCCUGCCCGAUUUUGGGAAAUGGCAUUGAUAACCUUUUGGGGAAACCCCUUUACAUACAUAAACAAGCAAACACGGAAUAGGCUAUAGAAGAGUUUGCCUAUGAAGAAAGAAGACUAUUAUUGAACACUUCCGCUUUGCCUCUCUUGAUGAGUACCCAAGGCCUUCUUGCUUUUUCACGGAUGACGUUCUGAUCUCUCCUCUGCCCUGCCAAAACAGGUAAAAGUGAUGUGAAGUGAAUGCCAAAAGCCUCCAGAGUUGAGCAAGCUCAAUCUUUCCUGGCUAUUUAUUUAGUGGGAGAUGUCUCCUUCUGUUCACCUGGCAUUCCACACAGGACCGCUUGCUCUGUUGCAUUCCAGAACGGAGGCCAUAGAAUGAUAAAAGAGUUAGGUAUACGUGAAGUGAAGAACUCAUGACCUCCAGGAACAAAUUCGUGGUUCAAAGUGUGCAUCAUCCAAAGCCCAGAGAAGGGAUCGUCACCCAGUGUAAAUAAAGUGACCUCCUCUCUCUCUCAUCUUAAUUUCUAGAGGCUGGUGUUUCAGCUGGAAACCAACUGAGACACCGUCAGUGUAUUGUUCGCACUUGGUCACAAAGCUGGAAGAUUUAAGGACUACAAUGGAAGAGAAUGUGUUCAGUGUACAACAGAUUCAGCCCAAUGUCAUCUCAGUAAAACUUUUCAAGCGGAAGGUUGGAGGUCUUGGGUUCCUGGUGAAGGAACGCAUUAACAAGCCACCAGUGAUCAUCUCUGACUUAAUCCGAGGAGGAGCAGCCGAACAAAGCGGUCUAAUUCAAACUGGAGACAUUAUCCUAGCAGUCAAUGGGAGGCCCCUGGUGGAUAUGAACUAUGACACUGCUCUGGAGGUCCUGAGGAGCAUUGCUUCGGAGACCUAUGUUGUCCUUAUCUUAAGAGGCCCCGAGGGUUUCACCACCCACCUGGAGACAACCUUCACCGGUGACGGGACACCCAAAACUGUCCGUGUGACCAGGCCCCUGUGUGUGACUCCAACCGUGGUCAGCCUUCCAUCAGAUCCAAGCCUCCACGUCAAAGGCAAACAGGAAAGUACCGACCACACAAUGGGAGGCUCCGUCAGUUCUCGGUGCAUCCGAGAGAAUGGACCAGGAGAUGAGACCUCAGUGCACGUCAACGGGAUGGUUGCCAACACUGAUCCUGGAGACGCUCUCAAAGGAACCGGGAAGGUUUCUGAUCUCUGUGUUAAUGGCAGUGUCGAAAACAGUGAAUUGCUAAAAGAGAUCGAGCCAGUCAUGGACCUUCUGAAGAGCAACAACGAGGAAGUCAAUGGAGAUCUGCAACACAAGAUGGAAACAAAAGAUGUCGAAGUCCAGGUGGACAGCUCCCAGGAAGCAGACCCAAAGUCACCAAAGGCAUUGCCAGCUGGAAUGGAGAACGAGCGGGUUUUCAGUGACCUGUGGGAGAAGAGUGACACCCCCGCUGAAGGGAACUACACUUCUUCCGAGACGGACAAGGUGCCACCCUCGGGUCGGCAGUCGCCAACCAAGCCUUUGUUGAACGGAAGCCCUUCCAAGUGCCCACGCUUUGCCAAAGUGAGGAACUGGGAGAGUGGCUCUGUGCUCAGCGACACUUUGCACCUGAAGAGUACCAUGGUGACUCCUUGCAGUGAGCAGGUCUGCAUGGGCUCUAUUAUGAUUCCUUCCCAGCACGUCCGAAGGCCAGAAGAAGUCAGGACUAAAGAUCAGCUACUUCCGCUGGCUAAAGAAUUCAUUGAUCAGUACUAUUCAUCCAUCAAGAGGUUUGGCUCCAAGGCCCACACAGAGAGACUGGAGGAAGUCACCAAGGAGAUCGAAGCUACCGACACUUACCAACUGCGAGAUACAGAGCUGAUCUAUGGAGCCAAGCACGCCUGGCGCAAUGCUUCCCGCUGUGUGGGCAGGAUUCAGUGGUCCAAGCUCCAGGUGUUUGAUGCCCGCGACUGCACCACUGCUCACGGGAUGUUCAAUUACAUUUGUAACCACAUAAAAUAUGCCACUAACAAAGGGAAUCUCAGGUCUGCCAUCACCAUAUUCCCUCAGAGGACAGAUGGCAAGCAUGACUUCCGAGUCUGGAAUUCCCAACUCAUCCGCUACGCUGGUUACAAGCAACUGGAUGGCUCCAUCCUGGGAGACCCAGCUAAUGUGGAGCUGACUGAGAUCUGCAUACAGCAAGGGUGGAAAGCACCCAGAGGCCGCUUCGAUGUCCUACCACUCCUUCUCCAGGCCAAUGGCCAAGAUCCAGAACUUUUCGAAAUCCCACCUGAGCUCGUGCUGGAAGUACCAAUAAGGCACCCCAAGUUUCCCUGGUUUAAAGACCUGGGGCUGCAGUGGUAUGGCUUGCCAGCUGUUUCCAACAUGCUGCUCGAAAUUGGAGGCUUGGAGUUCUCCGCCUGCCCCUUCAGCGGUUGGUACAUGGGCACCGAGAUCGGCGUCCGUGAUUACUGCGACAACUCUCGCUACAAUAUCCUAGAGGAAGUUGCCAAAAAGAUGGACUUGGAUAUGAGGAAGACCUCAUCGCUCUGGAAGGACCAGGCCCUGGUGGAGAUCAACAUUGCCGUCCUAUACAGCUUCCAGAAUGACAAAGUGACCAUUGUGGACCAUCACUCAGCUACUGAGUCCUUCAUCAAACACAUGGAGAAUGAAUAUCGCUGCCGGGGAGGCUGCCCUGCCGAUUGGGUGUGGAUCGUUCCCCCGAUGUCUGGAAGCAUCACUCCGGUCUUUCACCAGGAAAUGCUCAACUACAGGCUCACACCUUCCUUUGAGUACCAGCCUGACCCUUGGAACACCCAUAUCUGGAAAGGUCUCAAUGGCACCCCCACCAAGAAGAGAGCGAUUGGCUUUAAAAAGUUAGCCAAAGCAGUCAAGUUCUCGGCCAAGUUGAUGGGGCAGGCCAUGGCCAAGAGAGUCAAGGCCACAAUCCUGUAUGCCACAGAAACAGGGAAGUCCCAGGUCUAUGCAAAAACCCUGUGCGAAAUCUUCAAGCAUGCCUUUGACGCCAAGGUGAUGUCAAUGGAUGAGUAUGACAUUGUCCACCUAGAACAUGAAACCCUGGUGCUUGUGGUCACAAGCACCUUUGGCAACGGAGACCCUCCUGAGAAUGGCGAGAAAUUUGGCUGUGCUCUAAUGGAAAUGAAGAAUCCCAACUCCAACCUAGAAGAGAGCAGGAGCUACAAAGUCCGUUUCAACAGCGUCUCCUCGUAUUCAGAUGCUCGGAAGUCCUCAACGGAUGGGCCGGAAGACAGGGAUAACUUUGAGAGUACUGGCCCUUUGGCCAAUGUCAGAUUCUCCGUCUUUGGCCUGGGCUCACGGGCCUACCCCCACUUCUGCGCCUUUGCCCGUGCUGUGGACACCCUCCUAGAAGAGCUGGGUGGGGAGCGUAUCCUGAGGAUGGGUGAGGGAGAUGAGCUCUGUGGGCAGGAGGAAUCCUUCCGGACAUGGGCCAAGAAGGUCUUCAAGGCAGCGUGUGAUGUCUUCUGCGUGGGCGAUGAUGUCAACAUUGAGAUGGCCAACAACUCUCUCAUCAGCAACGACCGGAGCUGGAAGAGGAGCAAGUUCCGCCUGACCUACGUAGCUGAGGCUCCUGAAUUGACCCAAGGUCUGUACAGCAUUCAUAAAAAGCGAGUCUUUGCAGCCCGGCUUCUGAAUCGGCAGAACCUACAAAGCCCAAAAUCCAGCCGCUCCACCAUCUUCCUGCGGCUCCACACCAACGGGCACCAGGAGCUGCACUAUGAGCCCGGAGACCACUUGGGUGUCUUCCCAGGGAACCACGAAGACCUGGUCAAUGCCUUGAUCGAACGGCUGGAAGAUGCACCGCCAACCAAUCAGCUGGUGAAGGUGGAACUGUUGGAGGAAAGGAGCACAGCUUUAGGUGUCAUCAGCAACUGGACAGAUGAGAACCGCAUCCCACCCUGUACCAUCUUCCAGGCAUUCAAAUAUUACCUGGAUAUCACCACCCCUCCCACACCAAUCCUGUUGCAACAGUUUGCCUUACUGGCCACCAAUGAAAAGGAGAAGAAGCGCCUCCAAGUUCUUAGCAAGGGUCUGCAGGAGUAUGAAGAGUGGAAAUGGUCCAAGAACCCCACCAUGGUUGAAGUGCUGGAAGAGUUCCCUUCUGUGCAGAUGCCCUCCACCCUCCUGUUGACUCAGCUCCCAUUGCUCCAACCUCGCUAUUACUCCAUCAGCUCCUCCCCAGACAUGUAUCCUGAUGAGGUUCACCUCACCGUGGCCGUGGUCUCCUAUUGCACCAGAGAUGGGGAAGGGCCAAUACACCAUGGAGUUUGUUCUUCAUGGUUCAACCGGAUCCAGGAAGAUGAAAUAGUGCCAUGUUUUGUCAGAGGAGCUCCUGGAUUCCACAUGCCACAAGAUCCACAGGUCCCUUGCAUCCUGAUUGGUCCUGGGACAGGGAUUGCCCCUUUCCGGAGCUUUUGGCAGCAGAGACUCUUUGAUAUCAAAAACAAAGGACUGAAACCUUGUCCCAUGACGCUGGUCUUUGGUUGCCGCCAGUCCAAGAUUGACCACAUUUACAAAGAGGACACCUUGCUGGCCAAAAGCAACAAUGUCUUCAAGGAGCUCUUCACGGCCUACUCCCGGGAGCCAGACAAACCAAAGAAAUACGUGCAGGACAUCUUGCAGGAGCAGCUGGCAGGAUCUGUUUACAAGGCAUUGAAGGAACAAGGCGGCCACAUCUAUGUCUGCGGUGACGUCACCAUGGCCGGAGAUGUUCUCAAGACCAUCCAGAACAUUGUGAGGCAGCAAGGCAAGCUGGCAGCCGAAGAGGCCAGCACUUUCAUCAGCAAGCUAAGGGAUGACAACCGAUACCAUGAGGAUAUAUUUGGAGUCACUUUGCGCACGUACGAAGUGACUAACCGCCUCCGAUCCGAGUCGAUUGCGCACAUUGAGGAGAGCAAGAAAGACACGGAUGGGGACUCCACGGCCCACGGCAAAAGCUCUUCUGUGUCUCGUCCUGUUGUUGUGUCCUGACGGAUAUGUGUUGGCCGGUGCGCAGACGGUGACCGAGGAGAUGGCAACGAAGCCAAGGUUUCCGUUCCCCUCGCACACCUCUCCUUGCAUCCUGUGGCCCUUUCUUUUCUCUUUGUGUGCCCUUCUUCUCUGGAGUUCCCCCGCUAAAGCGUGAUGGCUUUUCUCAACCUGCAGUGGCUCUUAUACACACAACACAGACAACUUUGUUCUGUCUCUUGUUAACGACAAGGACUUGGGGGGGUUGUUUUUUGGAGGCUGCAUGAAAUGACUUCUUAGCAAUCAUCAUUUGUAUCUUUCAGUGUUCUGCGGGGGUGUGCGUGUAUGUGUGUGUGCAGGAUCAGAGGGUCACGAAUAGCAGCAGAGAAAUGUGGGGUUGUCAACAUCGUGGGGCCAUCAUCCCACCCCACUAGCCUUGGUUGUCUCCACUCUGGCAGGAGGAAGGUGGGGAGGCAGGGAUUGACCGCAGCCUUGCAAUCCUCUCUCUGUAAUCUGGGACUGGUUGCUCUUGGACGGGUCACAGUGUCACCUUCAUCCGCAUGCUACGUUCUGUUUGCACUGUGUUAAUGUGACUGCCUUGCCCCCUUCCCCUUUGCCUGUGCCAGCUGAGUUCUCAACUCGCUGCAGUGUGUUUGUGCACAGUGAAUUCAAUGGCUGGGGCGAGGCGGGGUCAGAUCAGGGUGGGCAACUCUGACUGCUGCCCUCAUCUCAGAUUUUCCAGGCUAUAAGCCACAUAGUCUUUUGCCAUUGCCUGUGCUAGCUCGGGCUGACUGAAGUGGCCACCUUCACUUCCCAAAGCAGCUGGAAGGCUAUGGUUGCUCACCCCGCUUUCCGCUAUCCUGUGUGUUAUUUGACUUGCUUCAAAGUGCAGUAAGCCAGCUCAGCUGCAUAUAGUCCCUCGCUCCACCUGUUUGUACAUUUAUGAUCCCACUGCUUGAACUCUGAUUUUAAAUUUGCAAAGGUAGACGGGCUUUAACCAGCAGGCUACCAAGGAGCAACUGUCGGCCAUGCCCUGCCUUCUAGAGUCAUGGUACGUAGGAGGAGAUCAUUCUAGGGCUUCUGCUCUCUUACCGUCAUGGGAUGGGCAUAGUACCUUUUUCCACAGCAAGACAAAAAUCAUUGUGCCAAAGAACCAUCGCACCCAAGACAGAUUGUUGUCUGAGAUAAAGAGGCCUCAUUCUUCCCCAGUCAAGAUGCAUAGUACCCAGACUAGGUUGAGUUAGACUUCAGGCAACAGUAAAAGUGUGGCCGUAAAUAAUAAUUAAAAAAAACACAAUUGAGUGCCUUUGCAUGACACCCCAGACCAACUCCCUCCAGCAGCCACCUCAUUCUUGUGUAAAGAUGAAACUAUCCCUCCGGCCAUGAAGCCACAUAGACAAGGGGGAGAGGCAAUGCUGACCCUCUGGAAACUAUUGGAGGGCAGCCCCCACCAGCAAGCGGUGAGGAAAGAUGAUGGGAGUCACUGGGCAACAGCAUUUGAAGAGCCAGCAAUUUCCAUCCUACACCUACAAAGUUUCUGUCUCACCAUGACAGACAUAGUUUCUGGAAGAGGGAAGGCAUUGCUAGGCCUGGUUCCAUAACAAUUCGGCCCCACAUCUGUUUCCACGAACCUAAGGAUCUCCUGAUGCCAGCUGAAGGUCCUGUUUCUAGUGCUGCUGAGGUGGUUUUCCUAAAACCACUUCUUUGGAAGGAAUGGUCUUCUUGCCUGCAGCCAGAAAGUAGGGUUUUCUUCAUUCUCCUUUUGGCCCAGACUUUCCGGGCAGAGAUUUAUCACCAUGUAUGCGCACCCAUAUAUGCCGUUCACUUUUUUUCUUAGCCACACACUUGCUUACUUACUUGAUGGUUGUCCUUGCUCACCUCAAGUAGGAGAAAAUGAGAUCGAUAUCACAAUGAUUUGUCAAAAUCCAAGGCAUCCGCAUCUUCCCCAGAACAGAACAUGAUAGAUCUUCCUUCUAAGUGAAACUCUGAGCUACCAUUUCAGCAAAUAACUGAAAGCUCAUGGUGGCAAAUCCAUUCAUAUGUCCAUAAUAAAAGACUUUUGAGUCCAGACCUGCUGCUCAGUUUUCCUUUUGAAGAGUUUGGCAUCAAUAACAGCAAAAACGUGUACUUUUCAGUUUAGGUAUUAGAUGAAUGGCAAGCUCUGGCAGGGUUUAGUGGCUGCCCUUUGAUUCAGGCAGUCAUCCUAUAGAAGGUUUGUUAUUGAAACCCUUUAGCAUAACCUAGGCCUGGUGAGAUCAGAAUACAUCACAUUCCAACUCAGUUCAAAUUCUACACAUUCCCAAAGUCCUGACUGUAUCUUGCUGGGAUGAUCAAAGAAUACAUGCAGCCCAUUGCCUGGCCAAAAAGCAAAGUGCCACGCAAGCUUUGCAUCACUUAUGAUGCCAGGUUCACCAUCAGAGUUCUCCCAAAUAUUUAGAAGACUUUGCCCUUGUUUGAAGCUGUGAUGUGGGCAAGUACAACUGGAUCUCCGGACUGCAUGUCUGUUUAUUGUGAGUUUACACAAGAUGCAUGUGUGUGUUUGUUUCCCUUAUCUAUAUCGUGUGGAAUGCUGGGGGCUGAAAAAGGAGCUGCACAUGCUCAAGAAAAAAAAAUGACAACAGGCAAGUGAGGCCCAGAUGUCAACUUCUUUAAUAGAUGGCUCAGUUGUUUGUCACUAAUACUUGGAGACAUGUCAUGGCACAUUCAGCAGUGGAAUGCUCAAAGAUGAUGACAUUUGGUGUCCAUUUAACUUUUGAAUGAAUUCCCCCACCUGACUAUUUAUUGCAUUACAGUUGAUCCUCAUAGAUGUUGCCUGUUGCAUUUUUCAGUGUAGUCAGCCACAUUGAUGCCAAUCCAGGGUUGCGAAUCAUGCAGCUCCCUGCAGCCAUAGCCAGCCCAGACAAUGGCAAGAGGUGUUGGGAUGUGUAGUCCAACAAUACCUGGAGGGCUGCAUGAUUCCCAGCCUUGCCUCCUCCCUUUUCAGUCAAAGUCCUCUGGUGUAGCUAUUGCUCUUGUUUCCCCACAUGCUUGCUUUCUAUCAAAGAGGCAUUUCUCUCCCCACUGCAGAAAACGAACCAAAGAGGCAUCUUUGUUCAAUGAGCCCAGGCUCACGUUUUGUCAGUGGUUGCAGCUGCAAUGCUGAACUGUGCAGAUAGCGAUAUGGUGGUACCUACUGGUCGAAUACAAGCAUUACGGGUGAACAAUUGUAACUGUGUUGUCGAAGGCUUUUAUUGGGUUGCUGUGAGUUUUCUGGGCUGUAUAGCCAUGUUCCAGAAGCAUUCUCUUCUGACGUUUCACCCACAUCAAUGGCAGGCAUCCUCAGCAGUUGUGAGGUCUGUUGGAAACUAAGUAAGAGGGGUUUAUAUCUCUGUGGAAUAUGAUGCCCAGGGUGGGAGAAGGAACUCUUGUCCGUUUGAGGCAAGUGUGAAUGUUGCCAUUGGCCACCUUGAUUAGCAUUGAAUGGCCUUGCAGCGUCAAGGACAUUUCAUAGAUAUAUCAACCCCACUCGCCUAGUCUCCAACAGGCCUCACAACCUCUGAGGAUGCCUGCCAUAGAUGUGGGCGAAAUAUCAGGAGAGAAUGCCUCUGGAACAUGGCCAUACAGCCCAGAAAACUCACAACAACCCAGUUGUAACUAUUGGGGGGGGGGGGGGGACAUGUCAAUUCCAGUGCAAAAAAAAAAAAAAAAAAGAACCCUCAUAAUGAAAUAUCUUUUACCUUUAUCAGUUAAUGGCAAUUCUGUGUUUUGGUGAUGCAAACAUGCCUCUACUCCCUCCCAUAAGCUUUGGCAGGUGGUGUGUUGGGAUGAACAGCCGUCUCUCUCUUUCUGCCUUUGUAGGGCUGUGGCAUAAUGUGGGUGAGCAACGUUGGGGGAUCUCGAGGUCUCCUAAGCAUUCAGUAGACCGUGGGUGUUCUCCCCUGCUACCGUAACCAUUUCUCAUCCCUUCCCCUUCCCGCUCUGCUCCCUUGUGUCACUGUGCCUUCUUUGUUAUUUAUUUGUUAAUGGGUAUUUUUGUUGGUUUGUUUUUGAGUCACUGCCAUAAAUCAAAAGCUGAUGAACAAAUCACCGUUGCAUUUCCUUGUGUGGAUGGGCAGUGCAAUGCAGUUUGUAAUGUUUUAAAAAACACUGCACAAAUGUCUGUUUCUCGGGAGGGUGGGAGCUGUAUUUGAUCAUAUCAGUGCUUUACGCCGUCGGAAAUAUUUUAUGUUCCUUUACCUCCGAGCUCUUGAUGCUGCCAAGUCUCCACCAUUUGUACAACAUGCUCAGCACCUCUUUCAUGGACUGACUCCUGCUCUUGUUUGCAAGGUAUCUACACUGUUCUAAAGCAUGCACCUCCUUUCUGUAUAGUUCGAAUCUUCUGAUUUUAUGGAAUAAAACUACUUAUGCCUGUUUGCAUUGCAAUCAAUUAAAAAAGUGAAUUGAAUCCA